AUGGAUUUUCGUCGUUUCACAAUGACGAAUCCUACUGUGCUGUUCUCUAGUAUAGCACACGAAGCAUGGGGUCAUAAAAUUACUGAUGAAGAAGAAGAAGAUGAAAAUGAUGAACAUCAAAUCGAUGAACAUAAUGCAAGUAUACGAGCUCGACGUCGAUUCAGAGUAAGUAAAUAUAUAUAGUAUUAUACUGAUUUUUAUUAUAUUAAAAACUAUUAAUCGAGUUGUCUCGAGUGUUAAAGAUAAAAAGAAAUGUCACACAGUUCUUAUCGGAUUGUCUGUUGCUAGAGAAAUCAUACGAUAUGAAUCAGUCAAAGUCUCUCGAGAAACAUAAAUACUAUUCAAAGUUAAUGUGAAUAUAAAUUGCUUUUAUGACCAUUAUUUACGGCAAUAUUUCUAUUCUAAUGUGUUAUUCUUAACUAUCAAUAUUUGUUCUUUCUUUUUUCACAGAUAGGAAAUAAAAGAAAAUCUCGUAUUGUAGCUUAUAUGUCUAUAUAUAUAUAUGCGUUUCCAAAUAGCUUCUUUGUAUGUCACAUAUGGCUGUUACGGAUUCUUUGAAAGUAUUAACAAAGAAAAUGCCAAUAAGUGUUAACGUGUCUAACGGCAUCAAAAAUCUUUAUUGCCUAUUUCGAGUAAAGAGAAUCGUUCGGUCGAUCGAUCGAUGAUAUUUAUUUUAUUAAUAAUAACUAAACAAAGACGACCUUGACAUCCCAAUUCUGAUCAUAUUAAUUCGAUACAAAACAGUCCACUACACACUAAUAGGCUGUAUAUUUGCCACAGAAAUAUACAUAAGAAUGUAAAAAAAAAAAAGAUAACAGAAACGUUUGGGAAUGAUAAUAACAGGAAAACGCAUUAGAAAUGCCAUCUGCACAGAUUUGCAGCAAGACAAAGGUCUGAAAAGAUAAAGAAAUAAGUAGUAUAAUCAUUAAUAAUUAUA